UAAGAGCAGGAGAAAGUGGUUCUUCUCUGAACGGCGGAGAUGGGGAGUGGAAUCAGUGCUGAGGACAGAGAACUUGCCAAGAGGUCCAAGGAGCUAGAAAGGAAGCUGCAGGAGGAUGCUGAUAAGGAAGCCAAGACUGUCAAGCUGCUGUUGCUUGGUGCUGGAGAGUCAGGAAAGAGCACUAUCGUCAAGCAGAUGAAGAUCAUUCACCAGGAUGGAUACUCGCCAGAAGAAUGCCUGGAGUUCAAAUCUGUCAUCUAUGGGAACGUGCUGCAGUCCAUCCUGGCUAUCAUCAGAGCCAUGUCCACACUAGGCAUUGACUAUGCUGAACCAAGUUGUGCGGAUGCCGGUCGACAGCUCAACAACCUGGCUGACUCCACUGAGGAGGGGACCAUGCCUCCUGAGCUGGUGGAGGUCAUCAGGAAGUUGUGGAAGGACAGUGGAGUUCAAGCCUGCUUUGACAGAGCUGCAGAGUUUCAGCUCAAUGACUCGGCAUCUUACUACCUGAACCAGCUAGACCGGAUUACAGACCCUGACUACCUCCCUAAUGAGCAAGACGUGCUUCGAUCCAGAGUCAAAACCACAGGCAUCAUUGAGACCAAGUUUUCUGUUAAAGAUUUGAAUUUCAGGAUGUUUGACGUGGGAGGGCAGAGAUCAGAGAGAAAGAAGUGGAUCCACUGCUUUGAGGGCGUCACCUGUAUCAUUUUCUGUGCAGCUCUCAGUGCCUACGACAUGGUGCUGGUGGAAGAUGACGAAGUGAAUCGCAUGCAUGAGUCUCUGCAUCUGUUCAACAGCAUCUGUAACCACAAGUUCUUUGCGGCCACUUCCAUUGUUCUCUUCCUCAACAAGAAGGACCUCUUUGAGGAGAAAAUUAAGAAAGUCCACCUCAGUAUUUGUUUUCCGGAGUAUGAUGGGAACAACUCCUAUGAAGAUGCUGGGAAUUAUAUCAAGAGCCAGUUCCUUGACCUCAACAUGAGAAAAGAUGUCAAAGAAAUCUACAGUCACAUGACUUGUGCUACAGACACACAGAAUGUCAAAUUUGUGUUCGAUGCAGUCACAGACAUUAUCAUCAAAGAAAACCUCAAGGACUGCGGGCUCUUUUAAUGCUCAGUUCGUUCCUCAGG